CCGCGGAGCGUUGGCAGCAAAGAAGAGAGCGGUCACUAACAUUAGGACGUCGAGGAAGAGGAAGACUUCUUCGCAGGGUCUGCCGAUGACAGGGGCCACGAAGAAGUUUCAUCAGUCGCGCAUGAAUGAUUCCUUCGAUCCAAUAUGGCAGCAAGACUUGGACGCGUAUUUCCUGCAGUGGUUCUAUGUUAGCGGCAUCCCGUUCCGCGCGACGAAGAGGCCUGAGUUCAACACGUUCAGGAAGCACCUCGAUACAUGUCCCCCUCGGGUGCAUCCAUUUGUGCCCAACAAUCACCACAUCUUUGGCGAUGGUAUUGUCCAGCAGCACAAGGGCGUUGCGGAUAUGCUGAUGACGCUCGAGAGAGAUAUGGCGGCAACAGGAGCGACCAUCCUCACGGAUGGUCGCAAAUCCAUCACUGGUGAGAUAGUAAACUUUUUGGCAGACGGAUCUUCAGGGGCGUACCUGUUGAGGACAGUCCUGAGGGACGGGGCUGAGCAGGACACGGCGAGUGUGGUUGUGAGGCAGUGGAAGAAGAUAUUUGAUGACUUCGGUGUUGAAAAUGUCAAUGCUAUUUAUACGGACUCUGCGGGGAGAUACGUUGCAGCUGCGAAGCUCCUUGCGCAUGAUAAGGAUCUUCAAUACAGUCAGAUCACUUGGCUUCCAUGUGCUGUGCAUGUUUGCAACUUGAUGUUGUCGGACAUUGGCAAGUACGGGCGAGAUGGUGUCGUUGGACACAGGGACGACACCAUCAUCAGAGCGAGGGCGGUCGUGCGAUUCAUUUGGUCACACGGGGCUGCCCUCACCCUUUUCAGGCGAUUCUUCGCGUAUCACCCUCCCAAAGGGCAGACAGCGUUGUUGUCGGCUUCGAGUGGCACCUCUGGUCGCGGUCGGGAGCUCAUUUAUCCGGUGAGGGGUGUGGGGUAUGUCUUGCCAUGGGAGGACGAGGACGUCGUCAUGCAGGAGGAGAGACCGAAGCCCCGUGACUCGGGAGUCCGCCCCGCGGACAAGGUCUCCGAUGAGCAGCUGGACAGGCAGGCGAGCUACUAUUCUCUUGAGGAGGUGGUGUACGACCCUAAGCACGACCCGCUCGCGCAGGAUGAGAUUGAGGAGGAACCAUGGUCAGAUCCCAAAGACCUGGAUGUGGAGUGGGGGCGGUCUUCCGACGAUGAUUUUCCUCUUGCACAGAUGCGGCGUGAGACGCGAGAGUCGACCUCAGUCCGUCCUCAUCUUUCACCUCGCCCACGAGACACUGCUGCACCUGCACCUGCGGUGGUUGAUAGGGCAGGUCAUGCAGAGGCACAACGCCAAGGCCCGUCCAUUCGACAACGACAACGUACAUCCAUCGACUCAGGCAGUGACGACGACGAUAGAGUGUAUGAGGGCAGCAGCGAGUCCGACAAUGAUAUGGAUUUCGGCAGCGGUGCGGACGACGCCACACUGGGAGGUGAUGAUGGUCCUCGAGACAUUACUCCUGCUGGGCAGCAGGGUCAGCGACGUUCUGCGAGAUUGGAAGAGGAGAGAGAUCAUGGUGCGGGGGGGGCAGCCAGGGGAGGAGGAGAUGGAUCGGGGGGACAAACUCCUCUUUCCACUCAGAGGGGGAGAUCCGAGGCUGCCCAUGGCCUUACAGUCACUGCAGGGGACUUAGCCGCCGCGACCGGCUCGUUGACCGAUUUUCAGGGCAUGUCGAUGGGACCUCCCCCAAUUUCCCUUGAUGUUGGACAGGCCCCGGUUGCCGCGGGCGAGACACCUAUCAGCCAGGUUGGGAUGGAGGGUACGUCCAGACAGGCCAUGCGGAGUACGGAGGAUGUUGUCGAUUGUUCACCGAUGCAAGAGAUGGAUGUGGAGACGAAUGUGGAUAGGAGGGACCGAGAGGAGAGACUGCGAGCACUAGCGCUUGCUCAGUCCUGCCCUAUGACACAGGAUAUUAGAGCGACCUUGGAUGCUGCUCGCGCCCUUGAGACGGGCGUCGAACUCGUUGCUGUGGCGGAUCGUCGUGAUACCUACGGUAUGGGGGAGUGGACCCACGAUCCUGAGGAGGUUCAGGAGGGGGCGACCCCCAACCCGUGCAGGGUGAUGGCGGAGUUUGCAGACCGGGACUUGACCCCAUUCGUUGUGAGGAUAACAAUGCGGAGGGAGGUGGUGAUGGGGCUGUUGGUGGAGGGGAUGCACCUCAUGGAGGAUUGGAUGCAGUUGCUCGGCAUGAGGGGGGGGGGGGGGGGGAUGGAUCAGAUGCAGUUGCUCCGCAAGACGUACGUACGGCCGUAUGCGCCAUAAGGACAACCCGUAUUCGUACGGGGGGCAAUGUUGAUCCUAGGUUCAG